AUGCCCCCCCUCACACAACCCUCCCCCACAGCAGAAGGCCAAACCAAGUUCCAGCGCCUGCCGGAUUUCUACGGCACGCCGCUGCAUCUUCUGAUUCUGGGGUAUAUCCGGCCCGAGUACGACUAUGUAUCGCUAGAAGCACUGGUGGAGGAUAUCCGGGUGGACUGCGAGGUUGCGCGGCAGAGUCUGAUGCGCGAGGCGUAUCGGUGUUAUCUUGGAGAGGAGGGGACGGUGACUGCGGAGGUUGAGGAGGAGACGAGGUGGUUAGUUGGAUUUUAG